AAUAACAGAGCAACAGAGACAUGUGGUUUUAUGAGGCAAGUUGUGGUUUUCAGAAAAGUACAACACAAACUUUCAACCAGCCAGAAAGUUCUGGUUAAUUAAGGAAAGCACUGACUCACAAAGAAAAGGUAAGAGAAAGAUAUAAUUACGGGUGUUCGAAAGAGAGAAAGGAAUCCAUUGGCUUGAUUAAGAGAGAUAGAGAGAGGAGGAGAUAUAUCAUAUAUGUAGAAACAAGAGGAACUUCAAAGGGAAGAGAAGAGACUCCGAGGAGAAGAAAAAAGAAGAUUUAACACCAAUAAAGAAUUGGGUUUUUGUUUGUUUGCUUUGUUGCUUGAUUGACUGUCAGAGAAUUUGAUGCUCGUGGGUUUGAUCAGUUGAUGAAUUUUUAAGGAUUGAUUGUUUUCGAUUAUGUUGGAUAUCUGGUUUUUUUGGGUUUUUCCACACAAUCUAAUGGAAGGAUUGCAGUUGAAAUGGAGUUGCUUUUGGUGACAGGGAGCAGUCGUGAACUUGUGAUGGUCAUACAAGUCAAAGUUGCUUCUUUGAUACAUGAGAAGUUGCACCCUUGAAGGUUUGAUGUUCUUUAAUGCCACUGGUAGGGUUGAAGGACUUGCAUUGCAUUGGUUUGCUUUGAGCAUGAUACAUCCUUCGUUUUAAUGUUUAUUUAUGUGUGUGUUCAGAAGAGAGUGAGGAAUACUAGAAUAGGGUACGGUGGACAGUAGACUCAGCCUUAAGGAUGGGCCUGCCUCAGUUCUCCUCCAGCAGCAUUGCUGAGGAAGUAGCCACAUCUUUGAGCACAAUUGUGCAAACUUCACCUCGAAUUGUUGGUGUGAGCAGUUGUGAUUUGAGUGGGAUGCAUGGAGGAAACCUUGGACAUCGAAGGCAGAUAGAAAUGCCCUGCACUUCUUUUACAGAUUUGAAAAAGAAAACCAUUGUAGAGAAUAAGGAUGGCUUGUUAAGUCAUAAAAGUGGACAGAAUGUCCAGACACCUGUUCCUAGGAUCAUUGGUUUUGAAUCAAAGGGAUUGAAUUCUCCUGUUGGUGUAUUUAAUGGAAACCAAACUGCCUCUUCUGUAGUUACUAUCAGGAGUAAUGCAUUUGAGUCCAGUGGGUCAGACAAGAAGCGGUUAUUAUCUCCUCUUAGUGGGAUGCUUCACCCUGAACAAUUUAACGGUGCUUCCCUAGACAUUGGAGAUGGUAUUUGUAUGAAUAAUCUUUGGGGUAGUAAGGACAAUUACAAGGUUUCUAUGUCACAAGAACAUAAGAAGGCUCAUAUUGGAAAUUCCAGUUAUUCAAACUGGUCUGCAUCUUGUCUUCAAGAAUGGAAGAAUUCACCUGAUGAUACUUGUAGGGAAAACUCCCUUUUCUUUUUUGAUGGCCCUGUGCUUGAGACAGAGCUCAAGCCUCCUGAUCAGUUUUUUUAUCCACAUGGACUUAAUUAUUUUGAAGAAACAAUGAAGGUAAAGCAUCAAAUCAGCGCUAUUGCAAUUCCCUUAAUAAAAGCAGCAUCACCUCCCUUGUCACUGUCUCCUCUUGGUCCAAAACUCUCUGAAGGAAUAAAAUCUCCAGGAACGGGCACCAAUAUCACCACAGAGCUUGAUGAUGACUAUCUAGCCUUCACGGAUAUAGAACAGUCACUUAAUGGAACAGUCUCUGGCAUUUUAUCUUCCCGGAAGGAUGGGGGUUUUAAAAUGCUAGAUGAAUCAUUAGAUAAUUUUGAUAAUUUGCGCACAAAAUUUGAUGUUUUCACUCCUGAGAUUACCAGUGGCAUUGGACAGCCUUGGUGUGAGGAUUCAAAUCUUGGUUCCCUAAAUGUCAGAUCAUUUAGAAGUUUUACUGGAGUGCCUGUUAGAAGGUCUUUAGUUGGUUCGUUUGAGGAGUCUUUGUUAUCUGGGCGUUUAUCAUCUGGUAAAGUUAGUCAGAGAAUUGAUGGGUUCCUUGCUGUUCUAAAUAUCACUGGAGGAAAUUUCUCUCCGAAGACACAAAAACUUCCUUUUACAGUAACUAGCAUGGAUGGAAAUAACUACUUACUCUACUAUGCAUCGAUAGAUCUAGCAGGGAAUGUGCAAGCAAACAAGUAUAGUGACCAAAAUAUGAGAAGGAGCCUUAGCAUUGAUGAUUCACGAUCCGAAAGAAGCAGGCUACGGAUACCGAUGAAAGGGCGAAUGCAGUUGACAUGUCUGCGCCAAAAGAUCACACUAUCCUCGUCAGCACCAGCUUCUUUGUCUGUGAAUGGAAGAAACAGAGAUUCUGACAUGGAAACUGAUGCAAAGCCAUCUGCAGUCCCAAACACGAGUCAUUCUUUACCUCAUGGAAGAGAUGCUACCAAUUCAAAUCGACUUGAAACUGUACAUAAUACAAAAUUCCCUGACCAUAGUAGAUUCAGUAACAGUGAAUGUAAAAUAACUGGUGUGGAGGGCUGCAGCCCUCCAAAUACAUCUCAUUUGUGCACAAGCAAAUCUGUAAAUAGUCCUUCAAACGUCAAUGAGAACACCACUAGAGCUGGUGUUCUACGUUAUGCUCUUCAGCUCCAAUUUAUGUGUCCGCUUCCCAAGAAAAGUUCGAGGUCACUCCAGAGGUGCAAAUCUGAUCCUUCCUCUGUACCAGCAGCAAACAAGAUGGACAUUGGCAGUGAUCGACGCUUCUACUUAUAUAGUAAUAUGAGGGUAGUCUUCCCCCAGCGCCAUUCUGAUUCAGAUGAGGGCAAGCUAAAGGUGGAAUACGAUCAUCCGUCAGAUCCAAAGUACUUUGACAUUUAAAAUGCCCUGUAGGUUAUCUUCUCUAAUGUUAAUGUUGUUCAUAACAUUCCUGUACAUUUAUUGUCAUUCUCUGAUGGGGCGGUGAGCCCUUUUUAUUUGUACAGAAUUGUCAUUUUCCUGAUAAUAAGAUUUUUUAACUUGAUGAUUAUCAUGGUCA